UUUAACUGCAAAACUUUUUUGCCGUAUACAAUAAAUCGCUAGUGUAUUGAUAAUCGUCAUCGUCAGUUGUGUGUGUUAUAUAGUUUAAAUAAUAAAAAAAUGAAGACAGAAAUCAGAAAGCCUCCGUCAGAAAGUCGAAAAAUAAGAAAGCCAAUUAUGGAGAAAAAACGCCGAGCUAGAAUCAAUGAUAGCUUAGAAACUCUAAAACAAAUACUGCUCCAAUCAAAAACAGACUUACAAGAAGCUAAAAAAGGUCAAAGAACAGCUAAGUUAGAAAAGGCUGAUAUUCUUGAGAUGACUGUGCAGUAUCUACAACAACUUCAAGAAAAAGAUAAAGAAAACCAAUCAAAACCUGUAAGUGUUAAACAAAACUUCCCAGUAAGUGCGACCUUAAUGAAAAAAGUUUCAAAUCAACAGAAGCCUUUGAGGAUAUGUUCCAAUUCGGUAAACAAAGAGCCAGUUGCCAUUCGACCAGCUGAUAGUUCAUCCGAAAAGGCAAAUUUUGGUGUUAGACUUCUUCCUACACAAUUAAUUAGUGGACAGGUUGUGUAUUUGUUACCUUCUAACUUAAAUGUAAAUAAUAUAAACUCAAACUACGCGGAUAGCAAAGAUAAAGUUUGGAGGCCUUGGUGAAUUUGAAACACCUGUUGUAAUUAGUGAGUUAUAUUUAUUUAUGGCAAACUGUUUACCAAUUGAGUUUAAAGUUAUGCUCAUUAUAUUUGUGGAGUCAGUAAUGAAUUUAUGAGACUGUUUUUAUA